GGGUUGAGGAGAAGUCACCAGUGUUAAAAAAUAAAGUUGAUAGUUCUGUAACUGUUCUAGGUUAAUUCUUCUCGUUCGUUCUGUCAAAUCGUUCUGAAAAGAACCAAAUCAUGGAAUCGCUGGACGUAAUUGAGAAACGUAUCGACAACCUGAAUCAGCUUCUUGGACCGAUUCCAACCGAUGGUCAAGCUGAGAAUUUAACGGAUGCCGUUUUAUCGGCAGCCUCGUUUCUACCUUCUGCUAGCACGGGCCAUCUGGUAGAUGGAAGCGCCCGGGAUAACAUUCUAAAGAUGUUCACUCGGAAGGACGAUUUGGAGGCCUUACUGGAUCCAUCCUAUCUGGAUGAGAAGCAAGAUAUCCGAGCGAAGGAAAUCUACAUCAAUACGAUCGCGAACGACUUAGCCGGAACGUUUGAAACCUUGCAGAAAAUAAGAACCUUAGAACCGACCCUCGGAGCUGAGUAUUUCCGUAAUCUACCGGAUGUUAGCGAUCAGUUGAAGAAUAUGGCAACUUCAACGGCCGAACAAAAGCAGGCUAACGAUCUGCUGGAGGAGAGUUUGGUGAUUGCCAUGCAACGAUACAGUGAAAUCCAAGCCGGUAUCAAGGAUUCACUUAAGGCGAUGAAUGAUCGGUUGGAUACGCUCGAAGAACGGCUAACUGAGAGAAAGAUGCAGGACCGUGAUGUUUAGAGUUUUAAGAAAUCAGUGUGCAACACUGUGUUGUAUUUAUACUUUCAUCGCUUUAAUUGAAAAUUCUAUUUAUUUCUAAAAAUCUGGGUAGAGGCAAAUGAAAAAUUUUGCCUAAUGAAUAAAUUUCCUCUUAUUCGCA